AUGGCCACAAUCAAAGACGCACUGUAUUACCUGCUAGAUGAGGCAGAUGAUGUCUCAGAGGACGACACCGACGAUGACCAUCACCACCAUCAUCACCAUCAUCACCACCAUCACCAUCAUUACCGCCACAUCAAAGAUCAGCUAGACGACCUCGAGCCCUCCAGUCAUCUACGGCUCCUUCAGCAGCUCCUCUGUGUCCGGCAACCAGACCCACCUCUCCCAGCAGACAUCAUAGACGGCAUAGAUUCGAUAUUACAACGGCAGAUGUCACAAAGAGUCCUAACACUAGCAGGAUCGAUCCAGCCAAGAGCAACUCUAAAGCGUGACAAUGCCAGAGACGUCAGGCUGAGCCUCUGGAAGGGCGAUAUCACGACCCUCACCGGCCUCACGGCCAUCACCAACGCCGCAAACAGCCAGGGCCUAGGGUGCUUCCAGCCGCCGCACCGGUGCAUAGACAAUGUGAUCCACUCAUGGGCGGGGCCGCGGCUACGGCACUCGUGCCACGAGGCCAUGCAGUCGAGGGGCCGCGAGAUCGAGCCGGGCGAGGCGAUCGUCACUGAGGGCCACUGCCUCGCAGCGGAUUAUGUGGUGCACACGGUGGGCCCCCAGCUGCAUCGCGGCGCGGAUCCGACGCCGCCGCAGACGGGGCAGCUGGCGCGGUGCUACGGCGCGGUGCUCGACGCCGUCGAGGGCCUGCCCGCGACGCCGGACGGCAGGAAGAUCGUGGCGCUGUGCGGCAUCUCGACGGGCCUGUUUGCGUUCCCGGCGCUGGAGGCGGCCAAGGUCGCGGUCGGGGCUGUUGCGGAGUGGCUCGAGGAGCAUGGCGGGACUUCUAUCACCGAUAUAAUCUUUAAUACCUUUACCGAUGCGGAUCAAGUCAUCUACGAAGAGGUCCUGUCCGGUGUUCCGCAGGAAGGGACGGGUUGGAUGUCCACACCACCAUCUCACGCGGACCGCCCACCCUUGCUCCAGUGCGACUCGCUGGACCGCGCGAGGGUAUGGCUGAAGUCCGCAGAUGCAGUCCUCGUGAGCGCAGGCGCAGGGCUAUCAGCCUCAGACGGGCUGGACUACACCUCUCCAUCGCUGUUCGCGAAGCACUUCCCGGGCUUCCUCAAAUACGGGCUGCGGACGCUGUACAGCGUGUUUGGCUUCACGGGCUGGCCGACGGAGCAGGUGCGCUGGGGCUACUACUUCACGCACCUCGCAAUGGUGCGGACGUGGCCGGCGUCCCCCAUGUAUCGCACGCUGAUCUCGUGGCUGGAGCGGUUCGGCGGAAUCGCACAUGUCAGGACGUCCAACGCUGACGGCCUCUUCGUCGCGAACGGGCUAGAUCCUGAGAGGCUCUCCACGCCGCAGGGGGCGUAUGCUGUGCUUCAGUGCCUGGCCAACUGCCGCCCGGACGCUACUGUGCUGUCUGCGCCGCUCGUGGAGGCUGCGCAGCCGGAUCUGGACCCCGUCUCUCAGAUCCUGACAGAUCCUGGUAAGGUGCCUCUUUGCCGGUUUUGCGGGGGCAAGAUGAAUAUCUGUGUCAGAGCAGGGGACUGGUUCAACGAGUUGCCCUUUCAGGAGGGUGAGAAGAGGUGGAAGCAGUUCCGCCGGGACACAGUCCUCGCUGGUGAGAAGACGACGGUGAUCCUCGAGCUUGGGGCGGGUAUGUCGACGCCGGGAGUAUUGAGAUGGCCGAACGAAGACUUGGCUUCCAGGGGCAGGGGAAAGGUGAAGCUGAUCAGGGUGGGCUUGGGACCUGAGACGGCUGUCCCCUGGGAGCUGGACGAGGCCGGGCUGGCGACCAGUAUUGACGGGGACAUCUCGGCAGUCGUUAGGGAACUCUUUGGCGAAGAACCAGAGUUGCCAAAUUGA